GGGUCGAUAUUAGAUUGGGCUCCAUUUCAACUAAAUUCAAUUCAAGUUUAAAAUCAUACGGACACAAUGGAUAUGCAUGAAGAGCCGCCGCUAUCAUGGCCCGGGGAUUCGAGCUCAGAAUAUUCAAGCGACGACGACAAUGAUACUCCUGCUAGUCAAAACCAAGAAACUUCCGCUUCACCUUUGAUUGAACCUACCGAGGCUAUGGUCGAGGAUGAAUUCGCUGGAGUUGACCAGGCUACAGAAUCGACAAUCAUCCAUGCUCGUGAAUACCAGCUCGAAAUGUUUGAAGACAGCCUGAGGCGAAACCUAAUUGUGACGAUGGAGACUGGUACUGGAAAAACACAGGUCGCCGUCCUCAGAAUACAAGCUGAACUUGAAAGAUCACCACCCGAUAAAAUUAUUUGGUUUCUCGCACCCACCGUCGCUCUUUGCGAGCAGCAAGCGAAAGUACUCAGAUCACAGAUGCCCUCUGUCCAAAUCAAAUUUCUCAGUGGCGCGGACGGCAUUGAUACUUGGACGGAUGAUCGCACUUGGGAUGACUAUCUAAAAAAUGCUCGUGUUGUCGUCUCUACUUAUCAAGUUCUCCUGGAUGCAACCAGUCAUGCGUUCGUGCGGAUCGACAGACUCUCCUUAAUCGUUCUUGACGAAGCGCACAACUGUGUUGGGAAACAUCCUGGGAGUAAGUUCAUGGCUCGAUAUCACGCUCGCAAGGCUGUCGGUCUCCCAGUUCCAUCAAUACUUGGCCUGACAGCAAGCCCUAUUAUGAAUUCAAAGCUUGAAGCCCUCGAAAUCAUCGAAAAGACGCUAGAUUCUGUUUGCAAAAGCCCAACAAUUCACCGAGAGGAGCUUCUAUCCAUUGUAAAACGACCGGUCAUGCGUUACAUCUUCUAUUCUCAAACAGACGAUAUCCUACAAACUAGGAUGAUGCAGAGUUUGGCUGAAGUGUAUCUCAAUAUGGACAUAUACCGAGAUCCCUACAUCGUUCGGUUACGGGAAGAAGGUAGUGAGCGCAGUAUUGUAGCUCUGAAAAAGGCCUUGGGAAAGAGGAGUACCUACGUCUUUGAUCAGAUGAAAUAUCUAUGGCGAAAGAGCUCAGAGAUCCAGAAAGAACUUGGAUCGUGGGCUGCCGAUUACUUUAUUUUUGCUAGCAUCUCUAGCUUCCUCAAAUCGGUCAAGGAGAACGAUACCUGGUUCCGCGAAUGGAUGAUUGAAGAGAAACAAUACCUCUCAGAAGCCCUGGAAAAGGUCAAUAUAUCGCGACCACCGCCACUGGAAGAUAACAUACCCGCCAUCGAUGUCUCGAACAAAGUUGCGGCUCUUAUACAGGAGCUCUCGUGUGCAGCUGACGGGACGAUCGGCAUUAUUUUUGUACGAGAAGUAGCUACAGUGUCUGUCUUAACACACAUGCUCUCUGUCCAUCCAUCCAUCAAAAAUCGCUUUCGGAUUGGAGCCAUGAUAGGUACGAGUAACCACGCUGGCCGGAAACGAGACAUUGGUACUCUCAACAAGAAUGAUGGUUAUCAGGACCUAGAGAAAUUCCAGGACGGGACACUCAAUCUCCUCAUAGCUACCAGUGUACUGGAAGAGGGCAUCGAUGUUCCGGCAUGUAACAUGGUUAUAUGUUUCGAUAAACCGGAUAAUCUAAAAGGCUUCAUCCAGAGGCGUGGCAGAGCUCGGAUGAGGGAAUCAAAGCUCAUUCUACUUUUAGAUAAUCCUACGCGCCAAGUAGAUGAAUGGACGGCACUCGAGGAAGAAAUGAAGAAGCGCUAUGAAGAGGAUGUACGACAGAUUCAAGAACUUGUGGAGCUUGAAGAAUCAGAGCAAACGGAAAUCGAACCGCUUUAUAUACCAGAGACUGGUGCACGUAUUGACUUUGACCAAGCGAAAUCACACCUCGAACAUUUCUGUACUCAACUUUCAACUCGGCAAUAUGCCGAUUCACGACCAUACUAUAUUUUCAAACGAUCGGAGAAUUCUUUAACGCAAUUCCGAAAAGUAACUGCGACUGUUGUCCUACCAAUGUCAGUUCGUAUUCCCGAACUUCGCCGGAUAGAAAGUAGUGGAUGCUGGUUUUCGGAGAAGAAUGCUAGCAAAGAUGCUGCUUUACAAGCAUAUAUAGCUAUUCAUAAGGCUGGCUUGCUCAAUAACAACCUGUUACCCCUGAAUCAUGAAUUCCUAAGUAGCUAUGAUACAAGGGCUGGGAUGGCCGAAGUUCAUGAGCGAUGGAGUCCAUGGACACAAGUGGCGCAUGCUUGGGGUCAACAGAACGAUAUAUAUCAACGUCGACUACGAUUGAUAAAUCAGCACGGAGGUAUAAUAUGCGAAUUUGAUGCUUCACUACCUGUUCCUUUCUCGGGGGCACCCGAUUUCGAUGUCUUCUGGGACAAAUCAAAUGCUUGGAGAGUUGAAAUGGGAGAAAUGAAGAUCAUACCUGCGUGCGAUCUCCGUGCUGAUCAAAGCCCGGCAUUGAUGAAUCUGGCAUACGGACAUCGUAAGUUUGAUGUUCGAGAGAGCACGCAAAUCUUACAUAUUCGAUCGCUCACCCAAGAUAUUCCAUUUCAACAGCUUUCUGGGCAAAAAUGUGUCGAAGAAGCCUAUCUCGAUGAUACGGUGCUUAUACGGUACAAUAAUGGAAUUCCCUAUAUAUUGAAAGCCUGGCUACCCGUUCUCGAUAUAGACACUCCAGUAAAAGGAAUGCUGCAAGGCCAACCAUUGGAUAUCCCUUGGCUGAUGCUGGAGAAAUUCUCCCGGCGAAAGAAUUUCCUUCAUCCUGUUGUCGGAGAAGCGACUUCCAGUAAACCAGCUCAAUUUGUUGUCCCAGCACAUCUUUGUCAGAUGGAUAGCAUUCAUGUAUCCAAUGUAUACUUUGGUGCUCUCAUUCCCUCGAUCAUUCACAAAAUAGAAAUACACCUUGUUGCAAAUGAAUUAUGCAACACCUUACUGAAAGACGUUGAAUACUCCGAUAUCUCACUUGUUAGUAUCGCUAUUAACUCCCCAGGUACUGGCGAGGGAACCAAUUACGAAAGAAUCGAAUUCCUUGGAGAUACGAUUCUUAAAUUGUUCACAACGGCAACUGUUACUGCCAAUAAUCCAAAUUUCCCAGAAGGAUAUCUUGAUGGUAUCAAGAUGAGUAUUGUAUCAAACGCCAGACUUUGCCGUUCAGCAGUCGAGACUGGCUUAGACAAAUUCAUUCUCAAAAGAGGAUUUAAGGGAAAGAAAUGGCAACCCCUUUAUGUCGAAGACCUUGUCAAGACGGAUAUAAACACAGGAGAGAAACGACCAAUGUCGACCAAGACACUUGCAGAUGUUGUCGAGGCUUUGAUCGGAGCUGCUUAUAUAGAUGGUGGACUGAGUUUGACUAAAGCUCUCACGUGUAUCCGAAUAUUCAUCCCCAAUGUUGAAUGGCGCAGUCUUGAUUCUGCUCGGACGGCUUUGUUUAACCAGACUUCGCUGAGCACGGAGCUUGUCGCUCCCCUUGUGCCCCUAGAGGAGCUAAUCGGAUAUUCUUUCAAAAACAAGAACCUACUCGUCGAAGCAGCUACGCAUUCGUCGUUCGGUUUCGUGAACUCAACGGGGUCAAGCAUGGAACGACUAGAAUUCCUUGGCGACGCCAUUCUCGACUAUGUCGUCACCUCUGCCAUCUGGGACUACGAACGAGACAUGGACCAGCGGGAAAUGCAUCUUUUCCGCACAGCGUCCGUCAAUGCGGAUCUCCUUGGCUUUCUAGGGAUGGAGUGGACUAUCUCACAGGAGACUACCGAAAUUGCCGAGGACAAGACGAUCAUUAAGAAGCAGGUCGAUAUCCCAUUCUGGAAAUUCAUGCGCCACUCGUCGCGAGACAUGGCAAACCGACAGCAGAACACGGAGAAAAGAUAUAUGUCAGAGAAGGAGCCGAUCCUUGACGCCAUAAAGAAUAGUAAGGGUUAUCCUUGGGUCGAACUUGCGCAUCUCGAUAUCCCCAAGGUCUUCUCUGAUUUCUUUGAGAGUGUGCUUGGCGCCGUCUGGGUGGACUCAGGAUCGAUGGAUAUGUGCGUCCAGUUCGCCGAGAGAGCAGGUAUACUGCCAUACCUGCGCCGUAUGUUCACAGACGAGGUCGAUGUGCUGCACCCUAAGAAUCACUUAGGUAUAUUAGCAGGAAAAUACCUUAAGACCGUGGAAUACAGGAACGAAAGCCAGAAAAUGGAUGAUGGGUCAAAAGAGCUGUCCUGCAAGAUCUUUAUUAACGGAGAAGUCAUUGUGGAAGUCGGCGGUGGUGUUAAUCCUGAGGAGAUACAGACCAAGGCCGCGCAUAUGGCAUAUAAGAUCCUUAAGGCCCGUGAGGAUAAUGGCGAAUUGAUUAGGGAUACUGGGGAGGAUGUUGUUAUGACAACUUGAAUAUGUCUUUGGACAUAUCCUUGGACGAUUUGAUGGAUUAUGAACGAUGCCAUUGGUUACCUUUGAAUGUUAGAUGAAUAGGAUGAUGAUAUGAUCGAUGUUGGGUAACAAGGAAAAGCCCAUAUUUCAUAGGUUUUAAUGAACGAAUUGAGAAAUC